GAUUUUCCCGCCAGACCGCUGAUUUGCUGAGUGUUGGCUUACCACAGCUUAGAGAACAUUAGUAUCAAAAAACAGUGGGUGAAAAAUUUUGUAUUUAUAUCUAUCGUUUCCUGCUGGAGGUGUUUUUUUUCGUUUCUUUCUUUUGUUCUUCUCUUUCAUACUCCUUAUAAUAUAUCCCUGCGUCUCCUUCUCUGUACAUAACUUAUAACUAAUCCUCUGUAUAACCUCACCGUUUUUCUUGAACAUAUUCUCUAAGCUCCUCUUCAUUUUAUCUUAACCACAUCCACAAUGCCCCCAAAAUUCUCUGAGUUCAAAAAAGGUAACGCUAAGAAAGGUGCCAAUUUAUUCAAAACCAGAUGUUUACAAUGUCACACUGUUGAAAAGGGUGGUCCUCACAAAGUCGGUCCAAACUUAUCUGGUAUCUUUGGUAGAAACUCUGGUAAAGCAGCAGGCUACGCGUACACUGAUGCUAACAUCAAGAAAAACGUUCUAUGGACCGAACAAACAAUGAGUGAUUAUUUGAUCAAUCCAAAGAAAUAUAUUCCAGGUACUAAAAUGGCUUUUGGUGGUCUUAAGAAAGACAAAGACAGAUUCGAUUUGAUCACUUAUUUGGUUGAAGCCACCAAAUAAUUUUAAUCAUUUUGUUUUCUUUCCCUAGCUUCUCACUUGAAGCGAUCAAUAAUCAAUCAUUGUAUUAGUAAAUAUUGCAGAAAAUACAAAGUUUUUGUUAAUGAUUUAAUAUUCCUUUAAUUCUUCAAUCUCCAGUCUCUACACAUCCUGUUUUCCCUUUGUUUAAUUUUCUACGACUUUAAACUACAUUUUUUUUUUGUCUAUUUUUUUUUUUUACAAUUAGAUUUUUCAACUUACA